AGAGAGGGAAAGGUAGCCGACACACGCGAUAAGGACACCAAUGGAUGCAGCAGGAUGGAUUCGGCCGCCCCACCAGCGCCCUUGCCCACCCCCGGACGCCCUGGAACAACGCCCUGGAACGGUGGUGACCUCACGCGGAGAAAGACGGAACUAACGCAACCCCCCAACCAGCGAUACGGAAGCUAGCGGAGGGAUGCGAAAGAGUAAAGGAUAAGCAAACAAAACCUUCAAGCGAGGAAUGCAAAACAUACUCCCCCCACACACAUACAAAUGACACACGAACUCGGACACUCUCACACACAAGCAAAACACAAAAAUGUACAGCCUUCAAUCUCGCCGGGCGCGCGCCUGGCUACUUUUAGUGUUAAAGAAAGAGGAAAAACGAAGGAAAUUAAUAAUUAUAAUAAUUAAUGCUGACCGAUUGGUAAACAAAAUGGGCCCGCGCAGCAAGCGAAAAUGGCGCGGGUUGUGGCGCCGACACACUCACACAUGGACACAUGGGGGGGCUUGGGGAGCGAGCGCAAAGCGAGAGUAAAGGAUGAAAAAAUGUUUAAAAAAUACACAAACAAACACACAAACAUACAAACACACACACAAACACACGGUAGUGACCAAGCGUCAGGGUGACCGAAGGUGCGAGGCGAGAAAGCAAGAGAAAAACAAAACUAAACAAAAAGAAAAGAAAAAAAACCUAGUGACUCGUAGGCAUAGCACGCCCCCUAGCCGCUUUCCCGAAAGAUAUUGCGUUUUUAUUAUCUCGUUCGUUUCUUUCCUAAUUAACAUUUCUGCUACUGCAACAAACAAACGAAAAAUGAAGCAAACCAACAAAAAAAAAGAUGAUACAAAAAAACGAGCCAGAAGCGUGAACACAAGAUGAAGUACUAUAUCGUUGCGCACCGUCGUAAGCUGUGUGCGCGUGAGGUUUAUCGGAGAAAAAGGGGAGGGAGCGGUGCAGGGCGGUGGCUGGUUUUUGAAAAUGGGAGGCUCUCGGCUGUCCGCAACCCCUAAAGAGAUGCGAAGCGAAGAGAAAAACCAGCGAACCGAAACGCAACCCCCCCUAGAGAGUAGGUGCAUAGUGGUUUAGCGGGGUGGGGGGGGGUUGUUGCCGCUCCGGCCAGGGUGUAUGUGUGAGAGGCAGAGGUAGACCCUAGCGUUCGGCCGUACGUCCGUUCCACUCGUCCUUGACGCGAGGACUGAACACAUUAUCCGCAGUUUAUUGCGUAUUUUGCAAACUUUUUCAUCUAUUAUCAACCAAAACCAAAAAAAAACUUUAAUAUAGAUUUAAAUCCGAGAGAGAAAGGGAAAGAGAGAAAGAGAGAGCGGAGAGGGGAGAGGAAACAAUAGAAAAGACAGGAAAUAGGCAGGCAGAAGUAAACGCGCAAGCAUCGGCUGAUGAUAAGAAAAAUCAGGAGGGUCCGAAAGCUAAUUAACGGAAAAGGAAAACACAGGAUACACUCACACAUACCGACACUCACACACCGACAUCCAGACAUGUACACACCCAAGCAGGAUGAGAGGAAAAGGGAAAGCGACGAGUCGGAACUACUACAACCACUGUUACAAACAGCAAAACCAAAGGGAACGAAACCAAAAAUAAGUAAAUAAUCAAUAAUUAACGUGAGAAGUGAAGCAGUAAAAAAUCAUAGCAAAAAAAAUUAACAAAAAAAAACGAUUAACAACAUCAUUCGCAGCCACACACACAUAAAACGUACACGUAACAUUACAAGCAGCAUUACCUUUAGCAAGCAAGCAAAAAAAAAUUAACGAAGUUAAUGAAAACAAAAAACUAACGCGUCGCAUGCAAAGCAGCAAAACCCCAAGGCGUAGGCACACCUUUAAACAAAAAACGAAACAUACAAGCUAAUCGCUUCUGGCGCACUUGGUCGAACCGGGCGAAAGGAAGCGGACGAAUGGUGAGGUGCUAGGGUUAGGGCUGAACCUCGAGGGCUGGGGGCAGGUCUGGUACUGGUCGAAGCGUAGGGCAAGGAACGCAAAACAACACCAGACAAGACACGAAUCCUUUUCUGUUCGUUUUCACGCAAGAGAUGCACCGGCGCAGCGAAUACCAACUAAUAGCGAAGACUUGGCCACUCGACUCGAUCCACACACAGAUGCCUCCCACACACUCCUACACACACAAACACACACACACAUAACAUCAAACUCCGGCUCUUCUGCCCAUGCACGUAGGGUUACCGCUAGAGGGCGCUAGGCAGACCAGCAGCAGUAGUGUACUAGCUAGUAGCGCCUGAUCUGUCAGAUCUGCCUUGGGUUGGGCUAGAGUGCGCAUGGUUAGCAUGCUGUUAGGGACGUAGCUAUAGCCACACUAACACUCUCACACGCAAGGACUCCGUAAGCCCUCCUCUUUCGCACCAACCCCCCCCCCCCCCCAUCCACCCAAACACUCCUCGCCACCGUCCAUCCUUGAUCGUGGGCAGGAGCUCGCUUUAUCUUGCUACAUUUUUUGAUCCAAUUCGCCACUUUAUUCCGAUCGUAGGCUACGCGAGAAUGAGACAGGGUGCGAGAAUGCGGGGCACUGGAAGCAGGUGGGACGCGGCGGAAGGUGGAAGGCGUCGCUAGGUACACUUUUAUGCAGAGCAACUCAUCCUAAACAAGCUUAAAGUUAAAGUAACGCGUGUAGGCGAGUAUGUAAGAGGUUUAAGUAACAAGUUUAAACGCAACGCAAGUAAAGAAGUAAACGUUAUAGUUAAAAACGCAACACACCCACAUUCACACCUACAGACAGCCAGCAACACAUACACAAACACACACACGAACACAUUGAGGUACCCCAAAGCGAAGAGUGAAUGGACGUUUGAGCGAAGCAUUACGGCAGGGCCGCAGCGGUGCCACGCUCGUACCGGUCCCUCUCCCCGUUUGUAGAUAUUCCUUUCGUUUUUUCUGUAUCUAACUCAAUUCUAUCUAUACGCGCUCCUCGCCGGGCCGGCCAGUGAGCUGUUUGGUGACGGCUGGCGAGUUUGCUUAAGUAAAUUCAAAAGAAACCAAAAACAAACCAAAAAAAAAACGAACAAAAAAGUAUCCUACCUACGUUUAGCCGAGGGCACACGGGAGGUAGACACGCAUCUCCGCAGGGCGAGGAAGCAGGUGUCAGGACAGCAGGGCGAGUAGACGGUGGCGUGCCGGCAGGAUGUCUCCAUGGCGCACCAGCGGAAUACGGCGCGUAGGAUUAGCGAUAGGUUGGCAAAGGAGCGUGGGAGUCCUCGUCGUCUCCCUUCCCUGGCCAAGCAAAAAAUUGACACGAAAGAGUGGGGGAAAUAAAAUUCUAAAAAAAAAACAAAGUCCUGAAGCUUAACGAGGCAGGCGCGCACUCGUGGACGUUUUUUGGGUAGAUUUGCCAGUAGUUUGCCAGUUUAUUAUCAUCUACUAAAAAAACAAAUCCGACAAACGAUGCGAGCGAGCAGCAUGACGGAGACAAGAUAAGUAAAGCAUAAGAAACUCACACUCUAUCCUAAACCCCUCCCCCUCAAGAAAAAAAAACACACACGAGAUAUUAUAGAGCAAGUACUUCAAUAGAAUUCUUAAUCAGAUUAAUUUAUUAUUCAUAUAUUUUUUCUAUAAAAUAAAGAAAGAGGUUAACGUAAUGCUCUUUAUAGAUUCUAAUUCAAUAAAAAGAAAUAAAGAAGCGGUAGAACACAAAAAGAACUCGUAAUCGGAAUAAGAAGCACAUAGUGACACAAAUUAUGAUGAAAACACUGCGCGAAAGCGAGCAAGAAGCGAACGCGAGAGAGACAGAGAUCUUAAGAAGUAGAGUGCACUAGAAGACAGAAGUUAGGUCGCAAAAGCCGUGUUACGACAUACGUUUACACUGACAAACAAACACACCUUUACCGGAACAGAAACACUACACACAUACAACACACAAGUACUGACAAGGCAUACAAGCUAAACCAAACAAGUAAACCCAAGCUACUUUAGCGCAUGAGUCAACGACAGGAUAGCGUCAAUAAAGCAAAGCAAACAAAAAAAAGUGCAGAAGAAAAUUUAAACAAUGAAGUAAUAUGCAGAAAUUAUGCAAAUCAAGGCGUGUGUAAGCUUAUAUCGUAUAAUGAAUCUAAGUAAAAACAAAACCAAAAUGAAAAUGAAAAGAAACGAUGAAAAAUUACCAAAAAAAAAACAAAACAAAUUAUGAUAAUGAAUUCAAACGAGAGAAAAAAAACAUGUUAAGAAAAAGUGCUGCCAUCCCAAUUGUUGCGUCCUUUUAGUACACUACGAA